AUGUCACGCGCCUCGGCCGGCUUUGCGGACUUUUUCCCCACGGCCCCGUCGGUCCUCCAGCAGAAGCGCUUCAAAUCAGGAGACCGUCGAAGAAGAGUUCCAGAUGUUCCCGAGGUGACUGCCUCUUUCACAGUCUCCUCCGUGCCUCCCGGUGGGGCAUCUGAUAUGCCGGCUGCGGAGCCAUGCUCCAUUCAACCGCCCUCCUCUGACCUCCAGGGGGGUGAAUCCCAUGCACCAGGAGAGGCAAAUGGAAUAUUACCUUCAUCGGUUGACGCUACUUGCCCGCCUAUUCAUACCUCAGCAUCCCUUAUCAACACGGAAUCAUCUACGCCGUGUAAGGCGACGAGUCCGCAGCCGAAGAUAGCAGAAGAAAAUCUCUCAAGGAGCACUACUGGACCUAGCGAGGACCCGAUCAAAGCCUCCGUCACCUCUACGCAUCCUCCCCAUCUUCAAUCAAAAACUCGCUCGGAAAAUGUGGUCAAAGGCUACCGGGUGAUCUACGACCCCGAACUGGACAAGCGCUCGUCUAAAGAGACUUCUUCCAAAGAGAAGCGACGGAAACUCCAGUAUGCGGAAAUAUUUGCUAAUCAUCAAGUCACUCCUUCCGAUCCUCGCCUGGCGAUCACCAACUACACCCGAGGAUCGGCUUGCGGGCCGAAACACAGAUAUCAAACUGCCCCGUAUACCUUGAAACCAUGGCCGUACGAUGCAACAACCAGUGUUGGACCAGGUCCUCCGGUCCAAGUGUUGGUGAUGGGCUUUGAUCCAUUGUCGCCGGUCACUCUCAUCAGUGCCCUCUUCUCGAGCUUUGGUGAGAUUGCAGAAAUGAACAACCGCACCAACCCCACCACAGGCCGUUUCCUUGGCAUCUGCUCCAUCAAAUACAAAGAUAGCCCGGCAUUCCGUGGAGGUAGCCCGGUCUCGGCAUCCAGUGCAGCACGGCGUGCAUAUUUUGAAUGCAAAAAGGAACAACGCAUUGGGAUUCGAAGGAUUCGAGUGGAGAUGGACCGGGAAGGAGCCGCGUCCGAACGAAUGGCCGCAAGAGCAAUUGAAUCACAGCGCUUGGCUUCCCAGCCUAUUCUUGCCCAGCCAAGCAAGCCGGAUCUCAAGAAAAAUGAACCCCCUCCGACAGCACCGAAAGGUCCCUCUGGACGGUCGGCCCUUCGCCCCGGAAUCUCAAUCCCACGAGGACCAAAUACUCCCCUGGGGCCCGUCGGGGUACAGUCUCUGGUUGAAGAGACACUGGUGUUGGAUCAAAUCAAACGUGACCCUUACAUCUUCAUUGCACAUUGCUAUGUUCCAGUUCUAACCUCGACUCUUCCACAUUUGAGUAAAAGACUGAAGUUGUUCAGCUACAAGACCAUUCGCUGUGACAAGACUGGCUACUACAUUAUCUUCGAGAAUUCCCGGCGAGGCGAAGAGGAAACGGAACGUUGCUUUCGAUAUUGUCACAUGCAGCCCUUGUUCACUUACAUCAUGAAUAUGGAAAGCCAGCCUUACGGGAACCCCAAUCACGUUCGCAGUCCAAGUCCGGAACGUCUCAGAGCCGAGGAACGAGAAAAGGCGCAGAAGGAUAGAGUCAAGAAAGAGGCUGAAUUUGAUAUUGAAGAGGAAAAGAAACAGCGUGCUGCCAACUUGGAUCCUUGCCGAGAAGUUCUGUCCAUCAUCAUUCGGAAUCUAAGAGACAAGCUUCUUGAAGAUGUCAAGUCACGCGUUGCUGCCCCGGCUUUGUAUGACUAUCUCGAUCCCGGCAAACAUGCUGCUAGGAGGGAAAGACUGGGGAUCUCUGCUCCAGAAGGCACGAAACAUCUUGCUUUCCGAAUCGGCGCGGGCAGUAAUCUCGGGCCUACAGACUCUCGGUCUGAACUGGCGAAUGGCCAGGAUUCACUUCGGUCUACGAACCUCAGUGUACUGGCCCUUCCGCGCAUCCGCAAGGCCCACGGGUCUGAUCGAGCCGGAGCUGCGUUUGUGGAUGAGCGACGCCGAAAACCCCUUCGGAAGAGAGAAGUUCGGCCUCUGUACCAUCGCCUGCAGGAAUUGCACGACGACGAAGAUUCGGACGACGAGCAACGUACACCACUCACCCGAGAUACCGAAGAGAGAAGCAGUCGUCCUGCGAGUCGGGCAAGCUCGGCAUCUGAAUCCGAACAGGAUGAACCAUAUCAAUCAGAUGCAGUGGCUUCUUUUGUCGAUAGUAAUACCCAAGUGGCUGAUGAAACAGACGAGGCAGACGAGGCAGACGAGACAGACAAGAGGAGUGAUGGGUCUGUCCAGGGCUCGGAAGUACUGACUUCUUCUACGCUCAAAAGAAAGCGAAUUCCCGGAGAGACCGAUGUACGCAAACGUCAACGACCAGACGAGGAGCUCUCCAAAAUUCAGCCACUGGAGGUGACUAUUGGUGAUACUCCGGGUGUUUCUGCUGCAAUUGCUCCUGAUUCUCGUGCUCCAUUGCCAAUGCACGAUAAGUCGAUCAAAGAACAAGACGUCGAAAUUGCUUUAGAAAAAGCUACCACUAACGAUACGUCCGAUGAUGAAGAUGCUUGGGGAGCGAAAGGCAUUGAUGAACCCGGAGCUGAGAUCAAAUGGGGAGUAUCCAAGCAUGAACCACGGGCGACAGUGGAAGACGAUGAAGCUAUCAUUCUGGAUCUGGAUGGUUGGCAACACUUAAUCAAAGACGAAGAAGACAUGCGGUUCCUGCAUGAAAUGUUGCUCGAUCAGAUUGCAUCCUCCAACGUCGAUAAUCUGGCAGCAUGGGCAUGGCGGCAAAAGGAGAUCAAGGCUCUGAACCAGCAAGAACCCAGAGGGCCAACCCACGAUGUGAUUGGCAUCAGUGGGCAUUACAUUUCAAACUCGACAGGCGCUGCUCGGACUCAGGGUCGAAAGAGAAUCCUUGAGUCUGAAAAAUCCAAAUAUCUGCCACAUCGGAUCAAGGUUCAGAAAGCCCGUGAGGAACGCGAGGCGAAAGCCAAGGCUGAUCCCCAAGCUGCAGCUGCUGAAGCAGCCCGGAUUGCUGCUGCAAAGACCAUCUCCAAAUCAAGCUCACGGUCAACCCGUGUCAACAAUCGCCGGCUCAUCGCCGAUAUCAAUGCACAGAAACAAGCUCUUCCAACAUCGAGUGGGGAGGGUGAUGUUCUCCGAUUUAACCAGCUUAAGAAACGCAAAAAGCCAGUCCGCUUUGCUCGAUCCGCCAUUCACAACUGGGGCUUGUAUGCCGAAGAGAACAUCUCAGCGAACGACAUGAUCAUCGAAUAUGUUGGUGAAAAGGUUCGGCAGCAGGUCGCUGACAUGAGAGAAAGGCGAUAUCUCAAAAGCGGAAUCGGAAGCAGUUAUCUCUUCCGAAUUGAUGAGAACACUGUCAUAGACGCCACCAAGCGAGGUGGAAUCGCGCGUUUCAUCAACCAUAGCUGUACACCCAAUUGCACUGCUAAGAUCAUCAAGGUUGAUGGGAGUAAGCGGAUUGUGAUUUAUGCGCUGCGAGAUAUUGAACGAGAUGAGGAACUCACGUACGACUACAAGUUUGAACGAGAAUGGGGCAGUGACGACCGUAUUCCUUGUCUCUGUGGCUCAACUGGCUGCAAAGGAUUCCUCAAUUAG